GGAAUUCAAAUAUUUUCAUUACUGCCAAAUUGUUUUUGAACUUUUCUAAUUGUCGUGAGAUGAGAGUUGACUCAUUGUCCAAGCUGAGAACAUUUGUUUGAUGAAAACUUGUCUUUCAUAGGCUGCAGAUAAUUGGAUAAUUUUUUUUAUGAAAUGGCCAAAGUUUGAGAUAAAAAAUGACAUUCGAAUUUGGCGCAUUUGGUAUAUUUUAUAUUUUUGUGCAUUUUAAAAAGGAUUCAGUGAAGCUAUCUGAAGUCUUGCAAAGGAAUGCUCUAUUCAUGGGCAAUGGAAAAAGCUUUAUUUUGUUCUGUAAAAGGCCAAAAUUAAGACUAUUAAUAUACUGGAAUAAGGAAAAGGUUGUCAAAGGAAUUUUGGCAGUUGUAUUCUUGAACUUUCUGUCAAUAUACUUGUAUUCUCAUAUAAUUAACCAGGAACAAAGCUUCCUUUCAACGGAAAACAAUUCAAUAAUAAAGAAAUGCGAUGGCUACAGUAGCUUACAAAUUCCAGGCACUGUAAUGGCAAGUCAGAUACAUCUAAAUUCUGCACAAGCUCAACAACUCUUUGGAAAAAUCCAAAAGAACUGGACAGAAAAAUUAAUUCGAUUCAACUCUGUCUGCGCAGUUGUCAAUACAAGAAGAUGGGCAUUGUUGCUCGCAAAACAUGUUGGUGCUUUCGAAGUGGUAGAUGCAUCGGAAGAGUAUGGCAUAAGUAUAUUAUCAGAGCAGAUGAGGAAGUUAUUCAGACCAAGUCUCGCUUCUUUUUCGGAUGUUCUUAUUUCAACCCAACCUGCAAACAUUACCGGAGGUAAUGAUUAUCUUUACUGUUUCAACAAAAGCAACAACGCAGCAAAGAGAAUUUCCAAUAUUAGUAACGAAUAUUUGACACAUCUUUCAGGACUGACAUUCAUUGGAAGAUUCUGGUGUCAUAUUCCCCAUUUCAUUGAGGAUCUGCUUGCGCUGUUAUCCGUUGCUUAUCAAUCAAAAAUAGCAAAGUCACACAAUGACUUGGAAUUCCACUUCAUAUUACCUGAAAUCUCCAUGAGAAAUUGUAUCAUGGGCAAGAAUCCAUACUUUAGAAACACACUUGCGAUCAGCAAAAUAUUACUGGAACAAUGGACUCAUGGUCGAAUGCAGUUCCUAUUUAAGGAAGAUAUACUGGAUGUAUUCCUACUGUCCCCAAUUAACUCCUCAAUGAAUACAAAGAAUAGAUUGGUUUGUUUCGAUCAAAUUGUUUACAAUGUAAGACAUGUUCCUCGUCUUGGUCACGAUGUUCUUUGGGUCUAUAACAUCAAAGUAAUUUCAAUGCUACGUAAAACAGUUCAUAGUCAUAUUCCAUUUGUUUGGAGACUAAGGUUCCAGCAAAGAUUUCCAGUUACCUUGUUACAGAGGAAACAAACAAGGCGAAUCAUCAAUAUUGAGUCACUUGCUACUGCAAUAAGAGAUUUUUUUGGAGUAAAUACGAGGAUGGUUAGUUUUGAAGAUACAUCCUUUUGGUAUCAGGUUAUGAUAAUGAAGACCACUAGAGUAUUCAUAGCUGCUCACGGAGCUGGACUCACAAACGUUAUAUAUAUGAGACAGGGAAGUGCAGUUAUAGAAAUCUCCAACUUUGGCUGCUGUGGAGAACCAUAUUUUGGAACUUUGGCCGAACUGAGUGGUUUGUUAUACUGGAACUGGAGGCCUUUGGUCGCUAGUAAGAUCAUAACCAAAUUGGAUAGGAACUACAUGUCGUAUUCAUAUAUUUCACCAGAUAACUGUACGCGCUGGAGAAGAAAUGCUGAUAUCGUAAUCUCUGAACACGACAUAUUAGAACUCGUUAAAAAGGCUCUACUUAAAACAGAGCACUUGGAAUGAAGAGAAAAACAAUGACGAAAGAAAUUGGAACGCAUCCUG